AUGCGGCGACUCGAGAUAUCGACAUCCGGUGCUGUGCUUGCUUCCUUGCUGGCGCUGGCUCCAUCGCCCGUAUCAGCCUUCUACUUCCCGGGUGUCGCACCUACAUCAUACAAGACCGGAGACGCAGUACCACUAUAUGUCAAUCAUCUCACACCCGCCGACUCGCAAAAUGACCCCAAACUACGCUCCGUAUUCUCCUUCGACUACUAUCAUCCGCCAUUCCACUUCUGCCAACCGAAAGAAGGCCCCAAAUACAUCCGAGAGAGCUUAGGGAGCAUAUUGUUCGGUGAUCGCAUACAAACGAGCCCAUUCGAGCUAAAAAUGGGCGUAAAUGAGACGUGUAAAGCGUUGUGUGAGGCGCCAUAUGCGCCCGAGGAUGCAACCUUUGUCAACAGCAGAAUAUACCAAGGCUACGACCUAAACUGGUUAAUAGAUGGCUUACCAGCUGCACAGCUACUGAGGGAUCCAAGCUCAGACGAGCCGUUUUACAGUCCUGGAUUUGCGCUAGGGUUGGUGGAUGUGGAGAAUCCGACAUUGAAUAAUCACUACGAUAUCGUGAUUGAUUACCAUGAGGCGGGCCCGGACAACUAUAGGGUCGUGGGUGUGCUCGUGGAUCCCUAUUCGAUGCGCGACUCGAAAAUGCUGGGCAAUGGCAAGGUGCAAUGUGGCGAUGGGCAAACACCAACACCGGUUAUACUAAACGAGAACGUGGAGACUUUGGUGACGUUUACGUACAGCGUGUACUGGAGGCUCAGUCCGACGCCGUUUGCGACACGGUGGGACAAGUACCUACAUGUCUACGACCCCAAAAUCCAUUGGUUCUCCCUCAUCAAUUCCGCGGUUAUAGUCGUCUUCCUCGUUGGAAUGGUUAGCACCAUCUUGGUGCGCACGCUCAGGAAGGACAUCGCCAGAUACAAUAGGUUGGACCAAUUUGCGCUCGAUGACUUUGGAGAGCAUGAUGAUGUCGAGGACGGUGUGGCAGACGAUUCGGGCUGGAAACUGGUCCACGGGGAUGUGUUCAGGUCACCAAAGAACCCGCUAUUCCUAUCGGUGUUGGUCGGCAAUGGAGCUCAGCUAUUCGCGAUGACUGCGCUGACCAUUGCAUUCGCACUCCUGGGCUUCCUCUCCCCCAGCAACCGCGGCGCUCUCGGAACCGUCAUCAUCAUCUUCUACACCCUUUUCGGAUCCAUUGGCGGCUACGUCUCGUCCCGUACGUACAAAUCCUUCCACGGCGAGUCUUGGAAACUCUGCUUCUUCUACACUCCCGUCGCCCUACCCGGUCUCGUCUUCACCACCUUUUUCCUCCUCAACUUGUUCGUCUGGGGUCGCGGCGCGUCCGGUGCUGUUCCAUUCACCACCAUGCUUGUUGUAGUGAUUAUUUGGUUUGUCAUAUCAGUACCUCUGAGUUUUGCUGGGUCCUGGUUGGGGUUCAAACAAGCUGCCAUCGAAGCACCUGUGCAUACAAACCAGAUUCCGCGGCAGAUUCCGCCCGCAGGAGGCUAUCUCCGGCCUCUUCCCUCUAUGGCUCUAGCCGGUGUACUACCUUUUGGCGCCAUCUUUGUCGAACUCUACUUUAUCAUGAACUCGAUCUGGUUCUCGAAAGUGUACUAUAUGUUUGGCUUCCUCUUCAUUUGCUUUGGGCUGAUGAUCAUUACGUCUGCAGCAGUCACCGUGCUCAUGAUAUACUUCCUGCUUUGUGCGGAGAACUAUCACUGGCAAUGGAGAUCUUUCUUCACGGCAGGUGCCUGCGCGGCGUAUGUGUUUGCGAGCUGUUUGCUGUAUUGGAUCAAGGACGUGAGCUUUUUGAGCUGGACAAGCGGAGUGGUUUAUCUCGGAUACUCGGCGCUGCUGAGUUCGUUGGUUUUCGUGCUCACUGGUACGAUUGGCUUCUUCGCAAGCUGGCUCUUUGUGCUCAAGAUUUACAAGUCAAUCAAGGUAGACUGA